CGGGCCUGAGCCGGCCGAGUAGGGGGGAUGCCUGCCCGGGGUGUCCGCGCCGCCCAGGCGGGACCGACAGGUCGGCCGGGCGGACGGUGGGACCCGGGCCAGCCCGCGCACCUUCGUGGGGAGGAAGCGAGGUCCCCGGGAGGAAGGAGUGGAUUUGGUUUCCCCGCAGUCUGGUUUACGCGUAUAGAAUGCAGCCAUCUGGCGGCUUGCGGUCCCUGGACUUGCCCCGAAGGUGGGAAGGAAGCCUUCCGGAUUGGACUAAGGUUUUAAUCUUCGGUGGGAGGCGGGGAGGAUAUACCGGGCCUCAGGAGUAGUCUUGGAGAACAAAGAAUUAGAAGAGCACCUACAAGACGAAAUCUCGCCCAGAGUACUCUAAAAGAUGGUUUAAGCAAGGUUAAGUAGCAUAUGACCUUUUAAAAAAUAGCAUCCCAGCCUGCAUGGACUGCACGGUUCCGUGCCACGAGUCACUGGGGUGGUUUCGGCUCUCUUGUAUGGAGACAAGUCAGAAAUACAAAGUGAUGAGGUGAACUGAUCAAUGUUGAAAUUGGCAAAGAUCAGACACCUUUUUAGACAGGUGUUCUGGAGUAGCACUGACAACACGGUUCACCCAGUAUUUCAUGACAAUGGACGGUGACAGUUCUACAACAGAUGCUUCUCAACUCGGAAUUUCUGCAGACUAUAUUGGAGGAAGUCAUUAUGUCAUACAGCCUCAUGAUGAUACUGAGGACAGCAUGAAUGAUCAUGAAGACACAAAUGGUUCAAAAGAAAGUUUUAGAGAACAAGAUAUAUAUCUUCCAAUUGCAAAUGUUGCAAGGAUAAUGAAAAAUGCCAUACCUCAAACGGGAAAGAUUGCAAAAGAUGCCAAAGAAUGUGUUCAAGAGUGUGUGAGUGAGUUCAUCAGCUUUAUCACAUCUGAAGCAAGUGAGAGAUGCCAUCAAGAGAAACGGAAGACAAUCAAUGGGGAAGAUAUUCUCUUCGCCAUGUCUACUCUGGGCUUUGACAGUUAUGUAGAACCUCUGAAGUUGUACCUUCAGAAGUUCAGAGAGGCUAUGAAAGGAGAGAAGGGAAUUGGUGGAGCAGUCACAGCUACAGAUGGACUGAGUGAAGAGCUUACAGAAGAGGCAUUUACGAACCAGUUGCCAGCUGGCUUAAUAACCGCAGAUGGUCAGCAACAAAAUGUCAUGGUUUACACAACAUCAUAUCAACAGAUCUCUGGUGUUCAGCAAAUUCAGUUUUCAUGAUCUGAAGAAAUGACGGAGUGGAGAAUGUAGAAAAGUGAAGGUGUAUGAUUCUGGAACAGAGACAUUAGAAGGACAUGACUGGUGAAAAGAUGUCUCUUUGUAUAUUAAAUAGCUGUAAUGUAGCUUCCCAAUGCUUGACUAAUUGAGGUGUUAAUUCUGACUUGAGAAUCUUUUUCAUGAAUGAUUUUAAAGAAAAAUUUGAAUUUUAAAGGUAUUAAAAUAUUUUUGUUUUGUACGAGAGUUUGUUGCUCUGUAUGACUCCUGUAUGCAUUGUAUAUUGCAAUUUAUUACUGUCAGAGAUUUGUAGACAGUUUCUUAUUUUCAUAUUGAAUCAUGUUACUUUUGUAAUUCAAGUAAGCAGCUGGGUUAAUUCAUGUUUGCCCUUUUAAUAAAAUAUAAGGGUAGAGUUCAUUUUGAAUGCAAGUUGCCUUUAUUAUAAAUUUGAGUUUGUCUUAGUUACAUAAUAUCUUGCAUGAUAACCUAGCUAGAUUUUUAGCAUUUACCAUAUUUAUUAAAAUUAAUUUUUUGUAAAACAUUCAUAGUUUAAACAGCACCAUUUUUUAAAAAAUGUAACUGAAAAAUUAAGUGUGAAUGCAGAAGAAAACAUUGUCUGCCGAUUCAACUUGGUGCCCGUUAACAGUGUUUACACUGUCCCUUGUGCCUGUUAAGAUAGUUUGUUUAUUGGCGCUUUUGUUAAGACUAGAUUUGUUUUUGAGUUAUGUUCGUAUGUGUUGGAAUCCAUUUGAGUUUAAUGUAGUCCUAAUGCUCUUGAAAUGGUGCCCCUUUCAUUUCGAGUAUGAUUUUUCCAAAGCCUAUCUUCCAAUGCUAUAUAGUAUCCUCUUCCAGAAGAGGGACUGUGUAGUCUGAUAGUGAAUGUCCUCGUUUUACCUGUUUAACUGAAAUGUCGCGUUUCCUCUUAUGCUGUGGGAACCAAGAAACGUCAGACGACAUUGUGUGUGUACAGACCUUUUCUGCCUGGGUUGAGUGAAUGAAAUGCAGAGCAGAGUGAGUGCUGUGAAUGGCGUGAAAGAGAAGUCACCAACUUCUCGUGUGCUGUCUUGAUCUUUGCAAUAAACUAAACUUAGAUAAUGUAAUUUUGUAUAAUUUACUAGUAUAUACUUGGGUUGUUCCUUUUUUAAAGUGAGGAUUUGUAUUUUCCCACCUGUUCUUUUCGGUGAUAAUUAACGUCUAUGUGUUUUUUGUUAAAUCAGUUGCUCUUGUAGUUUGCCUAACAGGCACUUUGAGUGAAUGUCACCUUGGAAGGACACUCAGAUUUAUAAGGGAGAAGCAAUUUCCCAGAUACAGGCUGGACAGAAACAUUUACUCCGCUGGAAGGAGCUAUUGGGGGCACAGCUGGGAUCAUCUGAAGUUAAUCACUCCCUCACUACCUUCCCAUUUAAAAAAUAAUUCAUUACAGAAAAUUCGAAUAGGCAAAAAAGGGUGGUUAAGCAACCAUCAUCCUAAUAUGUUAAAAUAAGCAGUGUUAAUAUUUUGGUAAUUAUCGUUUGUCCUUUUACUUUGCUAAAUAUGUAUAUUUUUA